AUGAAUAACUUUCUGCCCUGGGAGUCUUGGACGAGCUUUGUGUUCUUUCUCGCCUCCCUACAAUAUGCCCUUGCUGGACCUGCUAUAUAUUGCAAACCAAUCCCGUCCUCAUCAAGCUGGCCUGCUCAGUCGGCGUGGCAAGAGUUGAAUACAACGGUUUCUGGCAAGCUUUUUGCAGACGUCCCCCCUGGAUCUGUCUGUCACCCGGGAAAUGCUUUGUUCAACAACGCCACAUGCACAUUUGUUCUUUCCCAAUGGGCGAACUCGAGCUUCCACGCCAACAAUCCCAUCUCUGUUGACUACAACGAUGAUGGAUGUCUGCCGUCUUCUCUGGCCCCUUGCUCAGCGGCUGCUUACCCGUCGUAUGUGGUCCAUGCCACCAAAGUGUCUGAUGUACAGGCGGCGGUCCAAUUUGCCAGGAAGACAGGUAUCAGGUUAAUAGUGAAAGGAACUGGCCAUGAUCUCCUAUCCAGAUCAUCUGGUGGACAAUCUUUGUCUAUUUGGACACACAACAUUGUGGGAAUCUCAGUGAACUCUAGUGACGCUCGGGCACUGCCGUAUGGUGGAGUUGGCUCCGUCAAAAUUGCCGCUGGAUCAAGGAUGAUGGAGGUCUACCAGGCGGUCGCAGAAUACAACUUAACGGUUAUCGCAGGCGGUGACAUGUCAGUCGGCAUUGGUGGAUGGGUCCUGGGAGGUGGCCAUUCUCCCAUCAGCUCGACAUACGGACUUGGAGCCGACCAAGUCCUCGAGAUGGAAGUGGUCACUCCAGACGGCAGGUUUCUCACCAUCAACGAGAACUCGUAUCCCGAUCUGUUCUGGGCAAUGCGAGGGGGAGGAGGCUCCACCUUCGGCGUUCUCAUCAGCGUGACCAUGAAGGUCUAUCCAACCCUUCCCGGCAGCCUGACGAUCUUUUCUGUCAACACCACUUCGAACAGCGACACGUUUUGGUCAAUUUCUUCGUAUUUCACAUCACAAGUGCCCAGCCUCUCGGACAAGGGAGCGAACGGCUACCAUUAUUUUAUCCCCUAUGCACCGGGAACCCCCCCCGACCAACUAGGUAUUAUCAUUGGUGGCUUUUUCUUCCCUAAUAAAACUCCUGCCCAGGUCAACGAGGUCAUGGAUCCGGUGUUGACCAAGAUCAACACGACGAACUGGGGUGACAAGGUCUUUAUUGCAAACGAAACCAUCCCCAUCCAGGAUUUCAAUAAGUUUUGGAUGACGAACCAACCCGAGGCUGUUGGACCAUCAGAGCGUCUAGGCUCACGCCUCCUGACCCGUAGUGCGCUUACUGGGAACCAGACAGCACUGCAAAAUGCACUACGUACAGCCUCCAACGGCACCUGGACACUCCUCAAUCACCUUGUUGCCGGAAAGGGGGUGCGAGAUGCUAAAAUACCUGGUGGGAACAAUUCAGUGUGUCCUGCAUGGCGAAACGACACCUACAUUCACUUCGUUACCUACCGAACGUGGACACCCUUGAACCAGACCGAGAAGACGGCGGUGACGGAUGAGUUGCGCAACAGCGCCAUUGAAGCCCUGCGUGUCCUCGAUCCGCACACGGGUGCGUACGUUAAUGAGGCUGAUCCAACAGAGCCUGAUUGGCAAAAAACCUUCUGGGGCACCAACUACCCGCGGCUUUUGUCUCUCAAAAAGAAAUACGACCCGAAAGGCAUCUUCUGGUGUAAACCCUGCGUUGGCAAUGAAUUGUGGAACGUUACGGGCAGUUCUGUAUACCAGGACGGCAUUGGCGAGGAUGGCGGCAGGAUCUGUCAAGCCUAG